CAUCGCCUGAAACAACUAGAUGUAAUUUGAAAGGAGAAAGUUAUUUGAAACCCCAUUUCACAGGUAAAAAAAAAUUACUUUCCUUCCCAUAACUUUUUUAUUUCUUGAAUACAUAAACCGAGUGGUUACGGAUUUGGGAUUACCAAUAGCGGACUUGUCUUAAGGGAUAAACCAAUAAACCACAGGGAUAAAGCUUCCCGCUGACCAGCCUCCCCGAGCUGCGGCAGAAGAAUAACCAGAAAGAGAAAGGGAAGAGGACGGAUAACUCGUGGAGGUCCAUCACUUCUGAAAGAGAGUAAAAGUCCUCCAGGUGACCGAUAACCCAGUCCUAGUCCUGUAGUCAACAUGGAUAUACAGGCUGUCUACGACCUGUUAGGUGAAAAUGCUUGGAUGUACAUCCCUCCUACCUUUGUGGUGUUGUGGGUUGUCGUGUGGCUGUACAGAGACAGUCUGGAGAUCGAGGGCAUCACAGAGAAGUACGUGUUUGUGACCGGCUGUGACAGCGGGUUUGGAAACCUGCUGUGUAAGAAGCUCGACCGCAAAGGCUUCCGGGUGCUGGCUGGCUGUCUCACAGAGAAGGGGGCAGACGAUCUGAAAAGAGUGGCGGGGCCUAAGCUGAGGACCAUCCUGCUUGACGUGACCAGUCAGGACAGCAUCCAAAAGGCCAUGGAGUGGACCAAGAAGGAGGUCGGCGACAAGGGACUUUGGGGUAUCGUCAACAAUGCUGGGCGCUCAUUACCCAUGGGUCCUUCAGAGUGGAUGAAAGUGGAGGACUUCCACAGUACCCUGAGAGUGAACAUGAACGGAGUGAUCGGCAUGACGAUGACCUUCCUGCCGCUCAUCAAAAAGGCCCGGGGCCGUAUUGUAAAUGUAGCAUCGGUGUUGGGUAGGGUGGCUGCUAACGGUGGAGGAUACUGCAUCUCCAAGUUCGCAGUGGAGUCUUUCUCCGACUGCCUCAGGAGAGACAUCCACUACUUUGGGAUCAACGUGUGCAUCAUUGAACCGGGGUUCUUCAAGACCGCGGUGACGAGCCUCGACCCCAUCGAGAGGGAGCUGCAUCGCCUGUGGAACCAGCUCAGCCCUGAAGUCCAGGCCAGCUACGGAGACAAGUACCUCGAUAAGUACAUUAAGGUCCAGCGCUUGAUCAUGAAUGCUGUGUGCGACUCUGACCUCUCCAAGGUGACAAACUGCAUGGAGCACGCUCUGACUGCCGCCCACCCGCGCACCCGCUACAGCGCUGGCUGGGACGCCAAGCUUGUCUGGAUCCCCCUCUCUUACAUGCCUUCCUGCAUAGUCGAUAUUGGACUGAAGCUGGUGCUGCCACGUCCUUCAAAGAGCGUGUAACGUGUGAUGACUUGUCUUCAAAGCCUUUUUCAUAUGAUUUUGAUGCAGAGCAGGGGCUGACUAUGAAAACCCUUUUUCCUUUUGAAAUACCCUUAUUCCUUAUCAACUUUGGCCUUGCAAUGAUUUGACGUUGCUCUUAUUAUAUUUAUACGUGCAUACUCUGCCACGGAAAAACAUUAUUUCCCUUUUAACCGCCUGCGUGACACUUCUAGAUGAUAUGAAGAAAACUUCCUAGUAAAAUCUACUGUACACUACGUAUUAUUUUGUUCGUUAACACUAUGGUGUGCCUUUCAACACUGUUAUUUAUGUCGCUUGGUAUGGAUGUUAACCAUCAAAGGCUACAUUAAAAGACUGUACUAUCAA